AUGGCCGCCGCGCCCUCGCUCUCCUCCAAGCUCGGCGGCACCAUCGGCUUCUCGCUGCCGGGCCCGGCCGCACCCGGCACGCUCUCGGCCGCCGGCGGUGCGCGGCGAGCGGCGCCCGAGCUCGUCGUGCCCUUUGCGCUACCGACGCUGCGCGAGCGCACAAAGUGGGAGGAGCGCAGGGACAGAGAGCUGCGCGAGGAGGAAGAGCGCAGAGCACAGCAGCAGCGCCUGGCAGACGGUGACGAUGCGGAGAUGGCAGAAGAGCAGGCAGAGGAGGAACAGGACGAGCUGGAAGAGGCAGUCGAGGGAAAGGGCAAGGGCAAGGGCAAGGGCAAGGGCAAGCAGGCCUCGCCGGCCCCCGCAGCGCUGAGCAUUGCCGACAGCGCCAUCCUCCUGCAAUCGCUGCGCCAGUCGCGUCUCCUCCACCUCACCUCGCUGCUGCCCGUCUUCUCGACACGGCAGCGCAACGGCAUCACCUAUCCGGUCACGCAGCGCCUGCCGCGUGCGCUCGAUCCGCGCAAGCCGCACGUGCUGCUGCAGCUGGGCCGCGUGGAGAUCCGCUGUGGGCCGCACGUCUUUGGCGGCACCAAGGUGUGGGAGGUGCGCGAGGAGGAGCCAAAGCCCGGCACCGCCGCUGCGGCCUCAAGCAGCGCCGGAGCGUCGAGCUCAUCAGCUGCUCCUCCUACCGCUGCCUCGACGUCCUCUUCCUCCAAGCACGUGCCCUUUGCGCCGUCACGUCUGCCCUCUGCGCACGCACCGCCAGCGCCGCCGGCACCUAAGCCGCGGCCGCCAAUCUCGCCUGCGCUCGUCACGCGUGUCAACGAGAAGGCAGCGACGGACCCGGCGCUGCAGGCGCUGCUGCACGCGGCGGCGUCGGGCUCGGCGACGUCGGAGCAGCUGCACCAUCUCGGCGUCUGGAUCGGCGGCGUGACGGAGGAGCUGAGGAAGGAGGGCCUGCUGGAGGACCCAAAGGCGAGCGGCACCUCGACGUCUGCGAGUGCGCAGACAAAGACGGCGACUCAGGGAGCCACUGCUCCUGCUGCGACGCCCGGACCACCGCCUGGCUCGCGCGGUGCAGCCAGCACGAGCACCUCUGCUCCCGCCGCUUCUGCUUCUUCCGCGCCCGCCGCGCCAUCAGCGCCGGCAGCGUCCAAGCCCAGCUCCUCCUCUGCUCCCGUAGCAGCAUCGACGAGCGCUGCAUCAUCAGCAACGCCGGCCGCGCCCGUGCCUAUCCUCAUUCUCGAGUACCGCGAAAACCCGUCGGCGCGCUUCUCGCUGCCCAUUUGGCGCGAUGCCAGCAUCGAGCGGCGCACCGCCAUUCCCGCUGCCGUCGCCGAGGCGAGCCAGCAGGCCGGCGCGGAGAAGCGCACCGGAUCUCGUGUCGCCCGUGGCUCGCCAGCACGCAUCCGUAUUACGUUCUUCCUGCCGCUCCCUGGCUCCGAGGCGCUGCCGGCCGGCCUGAAAGAUGCGCCGCCGGCACGUGCGCCAAUCACUUGGACGUUGGAGGGCGUCAGCGAGGCGUUGUGGGAUGCCUUCGGUCGCUUUGAGGCGUGCCGUACGUGGGACGAGAAGGGCAUGGAGAUGCAGCACAAGGAGAGCGCGGUGCGCGAUGAGACGAUCAGAGAGACUGCCAGACUCGUGGCAGCCUUGCCUCGCUCCAAGCCGCUCGCCUACUCCGUGCCCGCAGCUUUGAUUCCGAAGGGUCUCGAGGAGCAUCUCUCGGACAAGUUCGGCGUGCGCAUCAUGCAAAUUGCCGGGCGCCCCAGCGCCAAGCGCAAGAUCGCCAGCGGAGGUGCUGGCGGUCCUGCAGGGCCAUCAAUGCCCAUCGUCUCCGAGGAGAAGUCCCACGGAAGCGGCAGUGGCGCGACGGGCACAGCGACCAGCAACGCAAGUCGCGCUCUCUUCCGUGGACCUGCAGCUGCCACAUCAUCCUCUACUGUGGCAGCAACUGGGCCCGCAGGAGAGGUGGAGCCACCGAAGAAGCGCAAGCGCCACGUCGCAACGCACAAUCCCGAUGGCAGCCGCAAGAGUUGUGGCGCCUGCGGCACACUGUCGACGCCAAUGUGGCGACGCGGCCCCGCCGGCCCCAGCCAGCUCUGCAAUGCCUGUGGCGCGAGAUGGAAGGCUGGUCGACUUGUGGUACCGGACGUGCCUCCGCCGCCGAAGUACGAUGAGGAGAAGCCAGUGCGCCGUGGCGCCUCGAAGGCCGGCGCUUCCUCGGCGCCCGAGGCCUCAGGCUCCACAGCAAAGCCAGCCUCUUCUGCAGCGCCGGCAUCGACGUCCGCAGCUCCUGCGCCCAUCAUUCCGGCCUCUUCAGGGCCGAUGCUCUCGGCGCCCAGCGGCACGGCGUCCAUCUCCAUUCCGCACACGAUGCCGCCCGGCGUCCUGCCCCGCACCCACGCGCAUGGCCCCAUGCUUAGCAGUGCGCCUCACAGCGGCGCCUCGUCGCCGGCUGCCGGCGGCAGCGUCUCUCCAUUCAUCGACGGCUCGCCCAUGUCCAACGACAGCGGUCUCUCCUUCCCGCCGCACCCUCAUCCGCCACACCCUCUCAUGCACGCCCACUCGCUGCACCGCGCCACGCCCGAGCUCAGCGUCGGCCUGCCGCCGUCGGCGUUCCUCAUGAGCGGCGCCGCGCCCUCGCCGCACAAGUCGCUCCUCGCCGACGAGCCCGAGGACGUCGAGAUGGACACGUCGUGGGCUGCGCGCAGCAGCCUCAGCCCAGACACCAGCACCUCGCACGCCGACCUGGCGGCGGCCAUGCCUCGCGCACCUGUGAGAAUGCCCUAG